AUGAAAAGAGCACUUUUUGUGGCUGAAAAGAAUGAUGUGGCGAAAGGAGUUGCGGCGAUUCUCUCGAAUGGAACAUCGAAUCGAAAAGAAGGAAAAAGCAAGUUCAACAAGAUUUAUACACUCAAUAGCGAACUUUUCGGACAGGUUAAUACAGUUUUGAUUCCAUUUUUUCAACGUCUUUUUCAGAGAGCAGCCAUUUCAGUAACUAGCGUCUCUGGACAUUUGAUGAAUUGGCAGUUCCAUGAGAAUAUGUCAAACUGGCAGACGACUUCAAUGGUCGAACUUUUUGAAGCUCCCGUUCGACAUGUAGUUACACCGGAUAUGAAAUUGAUUGAGAAAACAUUGAGAGAGGAAGCACAACGACACGAUGUACUUGUAGUGUGGACUGAUUGUGAUAGGGAAGGAGAAGCGAUUGGAGCGGAAAUCGUCAAAGUUUGCAGAGAAAGUAAUCGACGAAUAGACAUUUAUAGAGCAAGAUUCUCUGAAAUUACAAAAGCCGCAAUCACGCGAGCUGCUCGGAAUCUGAUUCGACUGGAUGAAAAAAUUGUGGCUGCUGUAGAUUGUCGAAGCGAACUGGAUUUGAGAAUCGGCUCAGCUUUCACACGGUUACAAACACUUCAUUUAAGAAAUCGUUUCAGUAGUCUGUUGGGACAAAGUGAUAGCUCAAAAGUGAUCAGCUACGGAUCUUGUCAAUUCCCAACACUUGGAUUUGUGACGGAUCGUUAUAAACUGAUCGAGAAUUUCAUCUCCGAACCAUUUUGGAAGUUGGCUGUGGAGCAUACACGAGAAGGACAUAAAGUGGAAUUUCUGUGGGAUCGUAACCGACUUUUUGAUCGGGACGUGGUUGAUAUUCUUCAUGAUGAAUGCAAAGAAGCAAAAGAAGCACACGUGGAGAAAGUGACAAAGAAGCCGAAAAGCAAAUGGAGACCUCAAGCAUUGGAUACUGUAGAGUUGGAAAAGUUGGGAAUUUCAAAACUGAGAAUGUCAGCCAAGCAAACGAUGCAAGUGGCUGAGAAGUUGUACAGUAAAGGAUUCAUUUCUUAUCCGAGAACGGAGACAAACAAAUUCCCGCCUGGAUUGAAUUUGACUCCGUUAGUUGAACAACAAGUUCAAUCAACUACUUGGGGUGAUUUUGCAACAGAAGUCCUCCAAAAAGGCGUAACUCCUAGAAAUGGACACAAAAGUGACGAAGCCCAUCCACCGAUUCAUCCACUCACUUUCGCAGACAAAAACACUCUUCAUGGAGACGACUGGAAGGUCUAUGAACUAGUCGUCCGUCAUUUUCUCGCUUGUGUUUCCCAAGAUGCACAAGGCGAAGAAACAAUGGUAAACCUGAGGGUUGGAUCGGAGAAGUUCCAUUCGUCAGGUCUUCGAAUCAGGGAUAUGGGAUAUUUGAAAGUUUAUGUAUAUGAAAAAUGGGGAAACCGUUUGCUGCCAACAUACAAUCAAGGAGAAAGGUUCAGCGACUACAAAUUGAAAAUUGGUGAUGGAAAAACUCAACCUCCGGAUUUGCUUACUGAAGCUGAUCUGAUUGCUCUCAUGGAUAAGUUCGGUAUCGGUACAGAUGCAACACACGCUGAACACAUUGAGAAAAUCAAAACUCGAGAAUACAUCGGUGUGAAACCAGAUGGAAAACUCAUUCCAUCGUUCCUAGGACUUGCUCUAGUCGAUGGAUACGAUGAUAUGGGAUUUGCAAUGAGCAAACCAGAUCUAAGAGCGAAUUUAGAAAUGGGUCUAAAGGAUAUUUGUGAUGGCAGAAGACAGAAACAGGAGGUUCUCGAUGAACAGAUUGGAAAAUAUAAAUCGAUUUUUGUGGAGUCUGAGAGAAAUAUCGAAGUUUUAUCCCAAAGUUUGCAACGGUAUUUGAACAAAAACCAACAAGCUGGAGGUGGCGGAGGCGGAGGAGGUGGACCACCAAGAGGCCCUGGAGGUGGUGGUGGUGGGGGAGGUUCGAGAGGAUCAGGACCACCGAAACCACCACCAAAACCACGUGGAAGACAAUCUAAAAAAUCAAAAAGCCCAGCAAAGAACGACGACGCGGGAGAAGAUAAUGAUACGAUUGUCACUCUCAGCGAAGUAUUGGGCAGUCUUACGAAUCCAAAACCUCGAAAACCUCGUGCUCCGAGAAAAAGUGCUCCUGCUCAAGCAGAUGGGCCAAAUGGGUUGGAAAAUGAAGAGGAAGAAGUGAUGUGUACCUGUCCAGAGCCAAUGAAGGCCGUUGUUAAAGUCGUUCAAAAAGAAGGACCGAAUAAGGGAAAGAAGUUUUACACAUGCUCUCUACCGUACACCUCGUCAGAUAAAUGCAAUUUCUUUAAAUGGGUUUAA